AUGCGGCAGCCGUCGUCGUCCCACAAUUUUGAUUUGUCCGAUACGUCCGCGUAUCCAGUGAGGUCGGCGUUCCCCGAGAGGUUUUCCAAGAACCACGUCGGGCCUUUCAUUGUUUCGGAGCAAGGGUCGACCUCUAACUAUCGCAAGGCACCAGCUUUUUACAUUUGUGAGAAAAUGCCCAAAAUAGCUCCGAAACGCCAAUCCAAAGAUUUAAAUUGCGCGGACGACGCGUCGUCGGCAGGAUCCUUGGACGUUGGCGCUUGUUGUCUUUGUCAUUGUGCACUGGACUACAGCGAUCGCGCCGCUUUCUUUCGAGAUGAUCGGCACGAAGAUUAUCACGAAGACAGCGAUCAGGAGGAAUAUUUCUUUCGAAAGAGCGAUCCCUAUCUACCGAACACCCUCUACGAUCCUUCUAAUGCACUCGUGUACUGUGAUUCGUGCGAUCGUAUGUACCACCAGAAGUGUCACUUUGUGCCCUUGACCGUUGUCCCGCGAGGAAAGUGGGACUGUUUGGUGUGUCAAACACAAAGGGAAAAAGCGAAAAUCUCGCUCAAGAAAAAGAAACCGGCUACCGGCAAUGACCAUUCAAAACGAAAAACUCCUGCGACGAGCCAAGACCACGCUAUUCCUCGUCUAUCGUCGUCCUGUUUUCAGUCUCCUCCCAACCCGGGCGUGCGUGAGGAGGAAGUCGCUUGGGAAAGCGCCUGUCGAGACGUCAAAGCGGCCCUAUGGAAAGCCGAGCUACACAACCGUGUUCCACUCCAAGUCAACUCGCAACUGGCCAACGUUCGUUUGGCCGAGACGGCGUUGGAAACCUUGACGAGCACGGCCAAGAAUCGAUCGCAUUUCGCACAAAAUUCCCAAGAACUGGCACAGUGUAUGGUGCGAUUGUACGGGAGCCGGCGCAAGCUACGACAUGUGCUGCUGAACCUACAAGAUCUCAUCCGCGGGGACCAGGAAAUGCGAUGGAACAUGCUACUCCGCUUUUGUCGGGAUGACGCGUCCCCGGAAUUCGUAGCACGAGUCGCCUUUCCGUUCGGAAUGUCGCACUCGCGACGAGUUGAUCCUCGUACUCCGGAAAUGACACUGAACGCAGAAGAACACGCAUCCAAUACAGUUCCUGCCGAAAUUUCUCUUACCAUUAACAGCGAAACGCAGGCAAAUUCUGAACCGGCACAAUCCAUAACCGACCAGUCGAAACCCAUAGCAAAGCAUGAUGGUGAUAGUGGUAUUUCGUUGGACAAUUUGCGCUGCUGCGUCUGUCACCAAAGUGAGGCUACGGAUGAAAACGAUAUGAUCAUGUGCGAUGGCUGUGGGUGCUAUCGCGCGUAUCACAUGCGGUGUCUUCAACCACACGUCAAGCCGGAAGAAGUCGAAAACGAAGAAGACGAUUGGUUCUGUCCGCUUUGCAGCACCCUCGCCGAUAUGAUGCUCUUAAUCCAAACAAACCAUAUGGGAGACGAAUGGGAGCAGCGACGCUACGCGGCGGAACUGGAUGGCGUAAAGAAUGGGGAUGACGAUUCAUUGAAGUCGUGGAAUGCUGUUGAGGAAGUUUUUCCUGAAGUAGAAGUCAACUAUGCAGCAGCAUGCGAUCUUAAAGAUGGCAAACGAACAACUGCGGCAUCCAAACUUUUGGGGAGAAUUCUUGGGUUGGAAGAACAGGAGAUCGACACAGAUAUUGACGAUGACGAGGAGGAUGAGGACGACGGUCACUUCGACCUGGAAUCUUUUCAAGAAAAGCGACAUCAAGCUCGUGUAGAGUUAUCUGGUGAUAAGGAGGAUGCUAGUGAAGGAAGCAGUCAAGCUACGCUAGAAGAGAUGUCCAGUGUGGAGCUGAAUAUCGGUAAAGAUGAGCUGGCGGCGCUUUCAGAGGUUUCGGAGGACGAGGAGGAAAGUGAACAAGAAGUUCAACGACGAAGCGUCCGAUUGCGAAAAAGUGGAAACACAAGCUCUGCAAACGCAAGCGUUUCCGACCCGGGUAAGCUGGACGAGUCCAACAUUUUAAACGGGAAACGAGGGCGGAAAUCUGUGGACUACCAGAAACUGAACGACGCUAUAUUUGGAGAAUUGUCGGACGGUGAAAUUGCCAAGAUUGAUGAUACUGACGAUUUUCUAGUGGCAACAUCCCGCAACCAAAACGAUUCUAGCGACUCUGGCGAUGCCAAUGAUGAUUCAACUGGAAGCAGCCAUGUAGGCGAAGCAGAUGAAUUGAGCUUAGACGACGAAAAUGAAGAUAGCGAAUCAGAAAACACAGAAAAUGGUAUAAAAGAUAGGAGAGAUGAUAGACGGGAGGACGAUCAUCUUACCGUUAGAUCUUCAAGAGUAAAUCGUCCAUCAACAGUGCGACAACUUCAAUCAGCUUUGGCCGGCGAAGAUGGUUGUACAUCCGUGAUAUUGAGCCGGAGCGAAAACGUAAAGAAGCGUAAAUUGAAGGAAACAGCCAUUCCUGAAUCUCAAACGAAUGCACAAGGAGCGGGUGCAGAGACAGCGUCAUCCGAUGAGGCCUCUAGAAGUCGGAAAAAUAGGAGAGGCAAGUUUGCCAAGGCAGCAUUGACAAUGGUUUCGAAGCUUGUUCAAGUUGCACCAAGUUUAGAGAAGUAA